AUGAAAUGUACGAUCCACUCUGCCCAUGGCUCCAUUAUGGUCAUCCCUCGGGAAAACAACAUGGGCAUAUCGGAACGCUACACUAUUGAUCAUCGAGUCUUCCUUGGCGGAGAUGCCUGCCAUACUCAUAGCCCCAAAGCUGGCCAGGGAAUGAAUACUGCCUUUUUAGAUGCCCAGAACCUCGCUUGGAAGAUCCAUGCCGUGGAAGGAGGCCUCGCACACAGGGAUUUGCUCAAGACCUAUGAGCUGGAACGAAAGGAUGUUGCAGAGAAGCUCCUCGCUUUUGAUAACAAGUACGCAAAGCUUUUCUCCCAGCGUCAGCCGGCUGCAAGUGAAAUCGAGGCAGCCUCCGAGAGCGCCAGCCAGCAAAAGGAAGAAGACAACGACUUUGUGCGAACAUUCAAGGAGUCGUGCGAGUUCACCAGUGGCUACGGUGUUGCGUAUCAACCAAAUGCUCUGAACUGGUCUCCAAGCCACCCGGUGCAAUCACCCUUAGUCCAUCCAAAAGGGACUAAGUUGCGGACUGGUCGAUUGCUCAUCAAUGCUGAUGUCACGCGCGUUGUGGACGCUAACGUUGUCCAUCUGGAGCAAGAGAUUCCGCUCAACGGCUCAUUCCGUAUAUUCAUUUUCGCUGGGCGGCUGUCCGUAACCCGUGCUGCACUGAGAGAUUUCGCGGCGAAUCUCGAACGAAAAGGGUCGUUUUUCAAGAUUUAUGCGCGACAAGACAUUGACAAAGUGUCCCACCAUGAGAAGCACAACCCGCACAGCCUUUUCUUCACCUUUAGCACCAUAUUUGCCGCCCCUCGUAGCAGCAUAGAAAUUUCUCGCGACGUGCCGACGAUUCUUGGCCGAUAUCGAGAGCACGUCUACGCGGAUGACCGAUGGGAUCGCCGGGUGUUGGAGGCCAAGGCAGCAGCACAUGCGAAGAUGGGAUUGGACGAAGAAAAGGGCGGCGUGGUCGUUGUGCGCCCGGACGGCUACGUUGCAUUGGUUGUCAGCCUGGCCGAGGGCAGCGGCACCGUCGAUGCCAUCAACCAAUACUUCAGCACCUUCUGCACGAAGAAGUUGGGAGACACGAUGGCCCAGCUAUGA